GGCUGACAUGGUUAAGUCAUGAUUGGGAUGCCAGCCUGUAUCAGAGUGCCUGGUUUGUGUCUUGGGUAUUCCAAUCCAACUUGAUGCUUAUGUGCACCCUGAGAGGAAGCAGGUGCUGGCUCAACCACUUGGGGCCCAGCCACCCAGUGGGGGACCAGGAUUGGCUUUGGCCCAGCCCAGGCUAUUGCAGAAAUUUGGGGAGUGGACAGCAGAUGGAAGUUCUCUAUCUGUGCCUUUCAAAUGAGGAAAGAAGGAAAGAUGGAUGGAUAGAAGGAUGGAUGGAUGGAAGGAAAGAAGGAAGGAAGGAAGGAAGGAAGUCUAAAACCACACUAGACGACUCAGAGAGGCCGUGCAGCUGCUGGAGGACUACAAGCACGGCACCCUGCGCCCUGGGGUCACCAACGAGCAGCUCUGGAGUGCACAGAAAAUCAAGCAGGCCAUUCUACACCCGGAUACUAAUGAGAAGAUCUUCAUGCCCUUUAGAAUGUCAGGUUACAUUCCUUUCGGGACACCAAUUGUGGUCGGUCUCCUCUUGCCCAACCAGACGCUGGCAUCCACUGUCUUCUGGCAGUGGCUGAACCAGAGCCACAAUGCCUGUGUCAACUACGCAAACCGCAACGCUACCAAGCCUUCACCUGCAUCCAAGUUCAUCCAGGGCUACCUGGGAGCCGUCAUCAGUGCCGUCUCCAUUGCCGUGGGCCUUAAUGUCCUGGUGCAGAAAGCCAACAAGUUCACGCCAGCCACCCGCCUUCUGGUCCAGAGAUUUGUGCCGUUCCCUGCUGUAGCCAGUGCCAACAUCUGCAACGUGGUCCUGAUGCGGUACGGGGAGCUGGAGGAGGGGAUUGACGUCCUGGAUGCGGAUGGCAACCUCGUGGGCUCCUCCAAGAUCGCAGCCAGACACGCCCUGCUGGAGACGGCGCUGACGCGAGUGGUCCUGCCCAUGCCCAUCCUGGUGCUACCCCCGAUCGUCAUGUCCAUGCUGGAGAAAACCGCUCUCCUGCAGGCGCGCCCCCGGCUGCUCCUCCCCGUGCAAAGCCUCGUGUGCCUGGCUGCCUUCGGCCUGGCCCUGCCACUGGCCAUCAGCCUCUUCCCGCAGAUGUCGGAGAUUGAGACAUCCCAACUAGAGCCUGAGAUCGCCCGCGCCACGAGCAGCCAGACAGUGGUGUACAACAAGGGGCUGUGAGUGGUGCCUGCCGGCCUGGGGACUGAGUGUGGUCCAGGCCGGGGAGGUGGGGGCCGCGCCUGCAGGGAGGGCCUGGACCCCCAGCAGUGCACUGAAGCCGCAGUGGUAGGGAGACUAAUCCAUUCACAUAUUAACUUAGGGGAGAGGAAUCCUGACACAUGUCCUAUACAGAAGAAUCAAGUGCAUUUCUGGGCCUUAAGUGGGGUUGUCAAAACUCCAUUCAGCACAAUAUCUGUGAAGCUGAAAAACUGUCACGUGCCAUGGGGUAGAUUUAGGAUCCUUUUAUACUUUGGUUUCUUUUUUAUUUUUCUUUUGUAUCAGAAUCAAGUCUGAGCCUUGGUUGCAACUGACCAGAAGUGGCAGGUGCACAGGUGGUGGGAGGCGGAGUGGGCCUGGGAACAGGGUUCACUUGCUUGCUGGUGUGGUAGGUGUAGGAUAUGACAGUGCCUGGGCCGGAUGGUUCUCUGUGCUGGAGUAGGGAGGGGAAGGUGGUGGUCUGCACCCCACGGGAUGAACUAGCCAUAGUUGAGGUCCUCAGGAAAUGGCCCAGAGAAUCAAGGAGUGCUGGAGGCCUCUGGAAAAUUCCAUGGGCAGUUGACUGUGAAUGUGGCCAGCCCCAUGCCUGCAACAGCUGCAGAACAAGUUCCUUCGAGUGAAGCCCAGUGACAGUGGGGCUGGCCGGGGUCACCCUCUGUAGAACUCCGAAGACCCCUGAGAUGUCCCCAGCUCCAGGCAGGGAGCCCCCAAGAAGGAAUAAUGCCUGGCAGGACCUGUGGGCCUGCACUUGGUCUCAAUGGGAAAAGCCUUUUUCCGGGCACCUGGCUGCUGGAGGCUGGGUGUUGGAGACUGCCUGCCAUAUUGUACCCCUUCCAAGAGGGUCUCACGCUUAGUAGUGCCAGGGCUGGACCUCUAGGAACCUGUCUGAGAGGCAGCACCAACCAGGAGCAGCAGACCCGGGGUCUAGCAGACUGUGGGACCUUAGACAAGUUCUAUUCUUCUGGGAGCCUCCACUCUGGAACCGCAGGCCUAGAUCCAGGGGUUCCCGUCAGCUCUUGCAGCUGGACCUCGCCUUUGCCUGCCCUGCCUGGAUGCUGGCCAUCCCAGCACACCUUCAGUGCGGACACCAGACACCCUGGGAAUGCUGCUCCAUCCUUCAGUGGGGAAACGGUAGGCCCCUUUGGGCAUGGCCAGAAGUUGGCCUCAGAUCCUGUGACCCCACAUCCCAGGAGUACUUGACCUUCACCAAACACUUUGCAGUGUGGAAGAAGAGGUAGCCUGGGCCAUACCUGCAAACCGCCUCUCACCCCUGCGGGCUCAGAGGCCCCUGGUCCAGCUCCCAUCUCCUUCCCAUCUGCAGGCCAGGGUCGGGAUGAGCAGUGUGAGUAGUGUGACCCUCACUUGAAAGGCACAAAUGGGGCCGGCACCGUGCUUAACAGGCUAAUCCUCCGCCUUGCGGCGCCAGCACGCCGGUUCUAGUCCCGGUUCGGGAGCCGGAUUCUAUCCCGGUUGCCCCUCUUCCAGGCCAGCUCUCUGCUGUGGCCUGAGAGUGCAGUGGAGGAUGGCCCAGGUGCUUGGGUCCUGCACCCCAUGGGAGACCAGGAGGAAGCACCUGGCUCCUGGCUUCGGAUCAGCGCGAUGCGCCGGCCACAGUGGCCAUUGGAGGGUGAACCAACGGCAAAAAGGAAGACCUUUCUCUCUCUCUCUCUCUCUCACUAUCCACUCUGCCUGUCAAAAAAAAAAAAAAAAAAAAAAAGAAAAGAAAAGAAAGGCACAAAUGAGAGGAGGCAUUGGCCUCGGCGUAUUCCUAUCUUGCCACCAAUUGGAAGGAAGGCUUUGGCGUGCAUCCCCUGGGCCUCCUUCCCCUGGUGAUGCCGCAGUGGGGAGGAUCUGGGCCAUGGAGAGCCGUGCAGGGCAGCAAGGGCAUGGCCACGGAGCUGCUCAGCAUCUUAGAGCUGGAGGAGUUGUGAAGUGGGUUGGCCAUGGUGUUGACACCAUGCACCCACCGGAAGCCCUGGGGCCUUUGUCUCUCAGCCAGCUCCUGUGCCGGCCAGCUGGCUCUGCUGGGUGCUGCCCUGUGAGCCCACCCCUCUCCUGAAGGCCCCCCCUCAUAACUCAUCAAGAAGGGGAGAAAGCAUAGAACAGCAUGGAGGACAAAGCGGCCGGGCUGAGGGGGUGCAGCACGAGAGGGGUGGGUCAUUUUGAGCCAGUCCCACCAUAAUGUGAGUGCUCCUGACUGCUGGACAGUGCUGCUCUCCAGGCCUGGACUGCAGGCUGGCCACGUCUGGGUCCUCUGUGGCAAAGCUUAGUUCAGGCUCACCCUGCCUACACCUGUCAUAGGAUCUUGCUCUUGUGCACUUUAUCUUGGGACCAAAACUGCUCUCCCCAUCCCCACCCUGCUCCCUCCAGAGGCCUUGAAGAGAUGGGGCCUGUCCUGCUCCCCUCUGUGCUGGCUUUUCCGCCUCCCCCCCCCCACCAUGUGGCCGCAGAAUCUCCUAACCUUGUUGCUUUGUCUCUGGUUGACUUCCCUCAGGCUCCCAAAUGCAAUUCCAAGUGGGCUAAGGGGGUUGCUCCACGGAGAGAGGGGGUGCAGCGGCAAGGGGUUGGGGUGGUGACAGAGGGAUAGCAGGCCCGGCUGCCAAGUCCUGAUCUGGCUUUGGAAGACCCCACGGAGGGGAACUUUGAGCCAACGCCAACACCCACACCCACUCCACUGAGGCCAAAGGAGAGAGGACUGGGCAGGUUGGCUCAUGGGAAGAGACUGGACCCACAGUCAAGGGGUGCCGGCCUGGCUGUGCCAGAGCACAGGACACACCUGCAACUGUUCUGCAGCCCCGGAGUCCCCGCCUGACCCCACUCUGGUCACUGAAAACAUUCCCUCAGCCUCCGGAUACCUCUCCCGUUCUUGAGGGCAGUCGGAGGUACAGGACAGAAGCCCACGGUGUCCAGAUGGCUGCCGAGUCAAGAUGGCCACCAGGCCCCUUCCCACUUCCUGAGUGGGAGCCAGCUUGUUUCCUGAGCUCUUCUGACCUGGGAGCAGGGAGGGGCUCCAGAGGAGGAAGAAGGGUCCAUGGACAGAGCCACGGUGGUCUUCCAGCCUGGGGCUGGUGGGAGUGAGGCCCCAGCCACACCCAGGGGACUCUGCAGUGUCUUUUUAACCUUCUCAGAAAAUCUCUUCAUCAUGUGAACUAUGAAGUACUAAUGAGCUGUGGGCAAUAAAUGAUGGAUUGGAA